AUAUAUGCGACUUCAUCAUUGGUUGACAUAUAUAAUAUUCCUAUAUAUAUUAAACAAACAAGAACUAGCCCGAGCUAGAGGGAGAUGUUUGAUUUUGAUGAAAUGGAAUCUCAAAAUCUCUUUCUCUAUCUAUCACUCCUCGUUCUCUCUAUAACCUUCUUCUUUCAGAAUAUCAAGCCGAGGCUAGGCCGCUUCUUCCAGCCUUCUUUAGAAACUCGAGCCAAGGCCGCCAUUUUAUCAAGACAAGAAGUAGCCCAGUUUCUUGAUUCUCCCAUUGUGAAAGAACAAGAACAAGAACAAGAAGAAGGUAUAAGCCCCAGUUCCACGUUUGAUUUUGAUCCGUACAUGGAAACAAAAGUCGAAUUAGUAAACAAAGCCUUAGACGAAGCCAUUCCAGUAGGUGAGCCACUCAAGAUCCACGAAGCCAUGCGUUACGCGGUUCUUGCAGCAGGGAAACGCGUUAGGCCAAUACUAUGCCUUGCUUCUUGCGAGCUAGUAGGAGGCGAAGAAAACGCGGCGAUGCCAGCGGCUUGUGCGGUUGAGAUGAUACACACCAUGUCUCUAAUCAAAGACGACUUGCCUUGUAUGGACAAUGACGAUCUGCGUCGUGGGAAGCCUACGACGCACAAAGUCUACGGCGAAGGAGUCGCUAUUCUCUCCGGAGGAGCUCUCUUGUCUCUUGCCUUCGAGCACAUGACGACGGCGGAGGUAUCCUCGGAGAAAAUGGUUUGGGCGGUCAGGGAACUGGCUAGGUCCAUUGGAACUAGAGGGUUAGUCGCGGGACAAGCUAAGGACAUAAGUAGUGAAGGUUUGGACUUAGACGAGGUAGGACUAGAGCAUUUAGAGUUUAUACACGUACACAAAACCGCGGUUCUUUUGGAAACUGCUGCGGUUCUUGGAGCCAUUAUUGGUGGUGGGUCUAAUGAAGAGGUUGAGAGAGUUAGAAAGUUCGCAAGGUGCAUUGGGUUGUUGUUUCAAGUGGUGGAUGAUAUUUUGGACGAGACCAAGUCGUCGGAGGAACUGGGAAAAACCGCCGGGAAAGAUCAGCUCGUGGGAAAGCUGACUUAUCCCAAGCUGAUGGGUUUGGAAAAGUCUAAGGAAUUUGUUAAGAGAUUGACGAAAGAUGCAUGUGAACAUCUUCAAGGGUUUAGUAAGGAAAAAGUGGCUCCUUUAGUAGCUCUUACUAAUUUUAUUGCCAACAGAAACAGAUGAAAUGUCAUGUCUUUUAGAACUUCAUUUUUUUUUGUUUUAUUUCUGUAUAUCGGGUUUAUGUAUACAUGCUAAAAUAGUGUGUUUUCUUGAAAUGUAAUCACAUUUUAAUAUCUUAGUUAAGAAUUUCUA